GAAUUGGGGUCUGCUCUAAGCUGCAGCAAGAGAAACUGUGUGUGCAGGGAAGAGGCCUGUUUCCUGGGUCUCUAGCUCUUGCACGCUCUUUAAGAGUCUGCACCGGAGGAACUCUGCCAUUACCAGCUCCCUUCUUGCAGAAGGGAGGGGGAAACAUACAUUUAUUCAUGCCAGUCUGUUGCAUGCAGGCUUUUUGGCUUCCUACCUUGCAACAAAAUAAUUGCACAAACUCCUUAGUGCCGAUUCCGCCCACAGAGAGUCCCGGAGCCAGAGUCGUUUUUGCUUUGCAUUGUAGGAAAGGGACUGAGUGAUAGAGACUAUGUCGCUUUCCUGAGCUACCGAGUGCGCUCGUGAACUGGAAUCAACUGCUUCAGGGGAAAGAAAGAAGAAGAAAAAGACUUGCCUGGGAGGCGGCGAGAAACUUGCAUUGGAGGAAGCCUCAGCACCAGCAUUCAAGAAACUCCUCUCCACCUCAGCACGGUCUCCAGACCCAGAGCCGACCCACCGAGCAAACUGCAGCGCGGUGAGACACAGAGAGCGCGGGGGAGAGAGGCUCUCCAGUCUGGGAACUAUAACUCCUCUGCGAGCGGCCGAGUACUCCUUUCCCGUAUCUUUUGGAGACUUUUCUCUCUUCGCCCACCUCCGCCCCGGCAAGGAGUUGAGGGGCCCGCCCGGCCGCCGCGCGCGUCCUCCAGCUCGGCGUGUACUUGGCCCGGGGAGCCGGGAGGGCCCGGCGAUCGCGCCGCGGCCGCCGCGAGGGUGUGAGCGCGCGUGGGCGCCCGCCGAGCCGGGGCCAUGGUGCAGCAAACCAACAACGCCGAGAACACGGAAGCGCUGCUGGCCGGCGAGAGCUCGGACUCGGGCGCCGGCCUCGAGCUGGGCAUCGCCUCCUCCCCCACGCCCGGCUCCACCGCCUCCACGGGCGGCAAGGCCGACGACCCGAGCUGGUGCAAGACGCCGAGCGGGCACAUCAAGCGACCCAUGAAUGCCUUCAUGGUGUGGUCGCAGAUCGAGCGGCGCAAGAUCAUGGAGCAGUCGCCCGACAUGCACAACGCCGAGAUCUCCAAGCGGCUGGGCAAACGCUGGAAGCUGCUCAAAGACAGCGACAAGAUCCCUUUCAUUCGGGAGGCGGAGCGGCUGCGCCUCAAGCACAUGGCUGACUACCCCGACUACAAGUACCGGCCCAGGAAGAAGGUGAAGUCCGGCAACGCCAACUCCGGCUCCUCGGCCGCAGCCGCCUCCAAGCCCGGGGAGAAGGGAGACAAGGUCGGUGGCAGCGGCGGGGGCGGCCACGGGGGCGGCGGCGGCGGCGGGAGCAGCAACGCGGGGGGAGGCGGCGGCGCGAGCGGCGGCGGCGCCAACUCCAAACCCGCGCAGAAGAAGAGCUGCGGCUCCAAGGUGGCGGGCGGCGCGGGCGGCGGGGUCAGCAAGCCGCACGCCAAGCUGGUCCUGGCGGGCGGCGGCGGCGGCGGGAAAGCUGCGGCCGCCUCCUUCGCCGCCGAGCAGUCGGGCGCCGCCCUGCUGCCCCUGGGCGCCGCGGCGGCCGCCGACCACCAUGCGCUGUACAAGGCGCGGACUCCCAGCGCGGCGGCCUCGGCCUCCGCCGCGACCUCGGCCUCCACCGCACUCGCGGCCCCAGGCAAGCACCUGGCCGAGAAGAAGGUGAAGCGCGUCUACCUGUUCGGCGGCCUGGGCGCGUCGGCGUCGCCCGUGGGCGGCCUGGGCGCGGGUACCGACCCGAGCGACCUGGGCCUGUACGAGGAUGGGGGCGCGGGCUGCUCGCCCGACGCGCCGAGCCUGAGCGGCCGCAGCAGCGCCGCCUCGUCGCCGGCCGCCGGCCGCUCGCCUGCGGACCACCGCGGCUACGCCAGCCUGCGCGCCGCCUCGCCCGCCCCGUCCAGCGCGCCCUCGCACGCGUCCUCCACCUCGUCCCACUCCUCUUCCUCUUCCUCGGGCUCGUCCUCCGACGACGAGUUUGAGGACGACCUGCUCGACCUGAACCCCAGCUCAAACUUUGAGAGCAUGUCCCUGGGCAGCUUCAGCUCGUCGUCGGCGCUGGACCGGGACCUGGACUUCAACUUUGAGCCCGGCUCCGGCUCGCACUUCGAGUUCCCGGACUACUGCACGCCCGAGGUGAGCGAGAUGAUCUCGGGAGACUGGCUGGAGUCCAGCAUCUCCAACCUGGUCUUCACCUACUGAAGGGUGCGGGCGGGGAGAAGAAGGGACGGGGAAGACAGAGAGGAAAGAAAGAAAAAAGAAAACAAAAGAAAAAAUAGAAAAAAGAAAAAAUAGAAAAAAAAAGAACAGAUGAAGAGUUGAAAGAGAAAAGGGAAAAAAAAGAGAAGAAGAAAAAGAAAAAAGUGAGCAGCGCUGGCUUGGAGAGGAGCGCGGGGGCGUUUGGACCCGCGCCGCAUCCCCACCUCCCGGCCGGGGCGCCGGGGCCCCGCGGGAGGGACGCGCAGGAGGCGAGGUAGACAGGGCGACCUUUAUUGUUAUUGAUGUUGUUGUUGAUGGCGAAAAAGCGACUUCGAGUUUCCUCCCCUUUGCUUGAAGAGGCCCCCUCCCCUUGCAGCGAGCUUCCGGACUGGUGCGCACCCCCAGCCAGAAGGCAGCGAGAGAGUUUGCUGGAGACUGGAGGACCCUCGCCCUCUCGCCUCGCCUCCGCGGUCUCCUUUUAUUUUACUGGGUUUCUUGGUCGAGAGAGGAGGGGGCAUGCCUGCCGCGCGCCCCCAGCCCCGGCAGCGCCCGCGGGCGAGGAAGACCCGGCGAAGGUCUGCGGCCCGCAUACGUCCAGGGGAGCGCUGGGACCGGGACUCCACGCUGGCGGAUGCCCCUUUGGGUUUUUCUCUCCCCGCUUUCUUUUUCCCAUGUCCUUGCAGCCGGAGGCGGAGACGUGAGGCAGGCCCGGCGGUGCGGCCGCGCGGGGAAGGGACCUGGGGGCGCCCGGAGCCGCGGUGGCGGCGGGCGGGGCGGGGGACGCGGACCCGAGGGUCCGGCGCGGCGCGGGUGUCCGGGGCGCAGCGCGAGCGCCCGGGGCGCGGCCGGCGCCGGAGGAGACUGACGCGCGGGCGCCGCGCAGGGCGAGUGGCUUCGGGAACGGUUUCUUCUCUUACUCGGAAUCGUGAUGGUGUUGGAUUAUUUCACUGGUGGGGUUAAUAUAGCAUGUUAUCCUGUCUAUCUUUUAAAGAUUUCUGUAUAAGACUGUUGAGCAGUUUUUAAAAUAGUGUAGGAUAAUAUAAGAAGCAGAUAGAUGGCGCUAUGUUUGAUUCCUACGACAGAAUUAUCACCAGCUUUUUUUCAUUCUUAACUCUUUAAAGGAUUCAAACGCAACUCAAAUCUGUGCUGGACUUUUAAAAAAACAAUUCAGGACCAAAUUUUUUCUCAGUGUGUGUGUUUAUUCCUUCUAGGUGUAAAUGAGAAGACGUGUCUUUUCCCUCACCGAUGCUCCAUCCUCGUUUUUUUUUUUUUAUUGUUGUUUUUUUUUUCCUUGUAAAUGUAAUCAGAUGCCAUUUUAUAUGUGGACGUAUUUAUACUGGCCAAACAUUUUUUUCUUAUGUUAUCCCUUUUUUCUUUCCUUUCUUUGACUUUCCUUUCUGUUGACUUUAUUUCUUCCUUUCUUCUUUUUUUUCCUUUCUUUUUUUCCCUUUUUCUUUCUUUUCUUUUCCUUUAUUUUUUCUUUUCUUUUCUUUUCUUUUUUUUUUUUUGUAGUUGUUGUUACCCACGCCAUUUUACGUCUCCUUCACUGAAGGGCUAGAGUUUUAACUUUUAAUUUUUUAUAUUUAAAUGUAGACUUUUGACACUUUUAAAAAACAAAAAAAGACAAGAGAGAUGAAAACGUUUGAUUAUUUUCUCAGUGUAUUUUUGUAAAAAAUAUAUAAAGGGGGUGUUAAUCGGUGUAAAUCGCUGUUUGGAUUUCCUGAUUUUAUAAUAGGGCGGCUGGUUAAUAUCUCACACAGUUUAAAAAAUCAGCCCCUAAUUUCUCCAUGUUUACACUUCAAUCUGCAGGCUUCUUAAAGUGACAGUAUCCCUUAACCUGCCACCAGUGUCCACCCUUCAACCCCAGGCUUGUACAAUGGGGAGGAGAAUUAGCCAAGCAUUCUGUGCUUUUAAGGAAAACAGAUAUUUAAACGAAAUACUCUUCUGUCUAGAGGCUUUAGAACUGGUGCAUUUACAGCAAAAAGGGAUCCUGUAGCUUUAACUUGUAAACCACAUCUUUUUUGCACUUUUUUUAUAAGCAAAAACGUGCCGUUUAAACCACUGGAUCUAUCUAAAUGCCGAUUUGAGUUCGCGACACUAUGUACUGCGUUUUUCAUUCUUGUAUUUGACUAUUUAAUCCUUUCUACUUGUCGCUAAAUAUAAUUGUUUUAGUCUUAUGGCAUGAUGAUAGCAUAUGUGUUCCGGUUUAUAGCUGUUGUGUUUAAGAUUGAAAAAAGUGGAGAACAUCUUUGUACAUUUAAGUCUGUAUUAUAAUAAGCAAAAAGAUUGUGUGUAUGUAUGUUUAAAAUAAGGACAGGCACCAGGACGUCUGCCUUUUAAGGCAGUUCCGUUAAGGGUUUUUGUUUUUCAACUUUUUUUUGCCAUCCAUCCUGUGCAAUAUGCCGUGUAGAAUAUUUGUCUUAAAAUUCAAGGCCACGAAAACAAUGUUUGGGGGAAAGAAAAAAAAAAAAAUCAUGCCAGCUAAUCAUGUCAAGUUCACUGCCUGUCAGAUU